AUGCGGGGAUAUACCAUUAGUGAUGUUAAGGUCAUUGUUGAGAGUUUAAGAGGAAUUUCUGCUAGUCAGAUGAAAGUUUUUCAUAAUGAAGUUGAACUUCAGGAUAGCUUUACCUUAUCAUUCUACAAAAUAAAGCACCAAUCUAUUUUACAUCUGCAAGCUCAAAUACAGAUAUUUCCCAAACUUCUAACUGGAAAGAUCAUAAGUAUCACAGCUGAAGCUAGCGAUACCAUUGCCAUUAUCAUCAGUAAGAUUGCAAGCAUGAUUGAUGUUAAAAGCAAGAAUUUGAGGCUCUCGUAUGCCAGAUAG